AUGUGGAGACUAAUGCUUUUCUUGUUUAUCAUUGUAAUAAUAAGUGUUUUGGCAACUACAAUCAUUGCGUGUGUUGCGUACAGACUCUUUUCAGAUGACGGUGACCGGAAUGGAUACUCUCGUAUCGAGGGCGAUACAUUUCACCCAGCAGAUGUUGAUCGCGAGUUUUUGAAUGAUGAGGAGUCAUUACUUCAUCUAGCGGAAGAAUACGACUUCACCACUUUAUCACCGGAAGAGCAACAAGCAUUUUUGAAGGGUCAAGAAUUUACUAAGAACCACCCUCCACGAAUCGACCGAACGAGAGGGAAAUCAUUUUCUAGGGAAGAUGAACUAAUCAUAAAAGAUUGCGGGAUUAACGCAUUUGAGUUUGAACAAGAAAGAGACAUCCUUAAUGCUCGGUAUGUUGUGGAGGACAGAACUGAAAUUAACUUUACAAAUAAUGACCUGGCAUAUUCGACAGCUACGUCGGUAUUGAACUAUCCUCUCCCUACUAAAAACCGAACUCAAGAUACAGUUUAUUUUGAAGUCAAGAUCUUCGAGUUUGUUGAAGAAAAUCAAAAUGCCCACUUUAGCAUCGGAUUAGUUACAAAGCCUUAUCCUGCCGAGUUCAGGCUUCCCGGUUACAAUACGUUUUCCAUAGCUUACGAAUCGACUGGAAACCUUAAGAUUAAUAAGCCAUUCCCAACACCUCUACAGCAGCAUUUGGGUGCUAAUAGUCUUUUCAACGCUCAAGUAUUGCCCCCCCUCCAUCAGUCUGAUAUCGUGGGGUUUGGAUACGUGAUAUCAACUGGCACUUUAUUCAUCACACGAAACGGAAAGAAAGUAAUGGAUAUCAUGAAAGGGUGCUUUCUAGAUUUGUACCCAGCUGUUGGGUGUUUUUCAACGAAUGCAAAGUUUCAUGUAAAUUUUGGGCAAAUGGGAUUUGUCUGGAUAGAAGCAAACGUGCGACGUUACGGUUUCUUUUCAACAAGUGAUCGCAAGAUUGGAGGAGAGAGAGGAUUGGCUUCUCUCCCGCAAUACGGUAACUACGGAAUGAAACUGGAUAAGCUUUUAGAUAAAGGAGAUGAACUACCCCCACAAUAUCCGGAAGAGGAGCUUGACUUUUUUGGGAAACUACGCGUUGGAACGUCUGCGCAACUAUUAUCGAACAAGUCUAAGGAGGACUUGCAAGAGGAACCAAAAGAUUAA